GUUAACAUCAAUCCCGGAAAGAAAGAAAACUGUUUUGUUAAAACGUUGUUGAAUCACCGUAACGUGUGUCAUCAGUGCGCCUGUUGCGGUGUCGUGAUAAUGGCGCGGCGAGUGCAACAUGAGUGUUUAGCGGUAAACAUGGCCAAAAAGCCAAAUAUGCCCAUUGGCAUUUAAGCCAACGUAUACCGAAUGGAAUGUGUUUGAAUUGUGCUUAACAGAUAUAUACAAAUAUAUACAUAUAUAUACAUAUAUAUCCUCUAAAUUGUGUAGUGAAGUGAUAAUUAAACACUCAGAGAAAUCUUGGAAUCAGAACGUAAAAGAAAGAAAUUCUUAAACACAUGCUCCACUAAACUGGAUACGGAUACGCACGUUAAGCUUUAAGCCGCCACCAACCGCCACCAAAUCAACAUGCACCUGUAUCUAGUGUUGAUAUCCUGGUGCCUGGUCAGCUCAACCCACUGUUGGCAAUUUGAUGGUGGAGGCGGAGGCGGAGGUGGUCGUGACAGUGAUGAAGAUGGGCAUGGUGGCCGACAAGGUGGUGGUAGUGGUCAAAGGCUACGUCGAAAUACCCAGGCCCGUAUAUUGGCACGUGGUCCACCGCCAUUGCCAGCAGUUGGCCGAGGAUCUGCAGCCUUAUUGGGCUCUCAACAGCAGGAUGUGCUCUAUGCUUGUCCAUUGAACUCGAUGUGCCAGUGUGCCGGGUUGCCCAACGAGACAAGCACGCUGAUUGAGAUUAAUUGCAACGAGGUGGCGUUGUAUAAGUUUCCAGAAUUCAUGCAUAGCAGCGUGCGCUAUAUCGAAAUGUCCAACACACAUCUGCAGAGUGUCGAUGAUGAAACAUUUCAGGGCCUACGACUAAAGACACUCAAGCUAAUCGACAAUGAACUUCAGGAUAUUUCCGAACGUAGUUUCAGUACGAUGACACACUCUCUAAUGACAUUAGACAUCUCAGGAAACAAAAUGCAACAACUGCCAUUGGAUGCACUACAGAGAUUACAUUCACUUACCAGGCUAGUAGCCCAACGGAAUCACAUAACCAACUUGGAUGGCAACUGGGAAGCCCAACAUGAUACCCUACGUUCGCUUCAUCUCUCCAAUAAUGAUAUAACUGAAAUCGCUCCUGGUGGCGGCAUAAUGGAAAUUGUCAGUCCACACAAUGAUAGCACAUCGCAACCCUCAAGCCUGACAUCUGUCCAAACACGUGGAGAUACGAGUAAUUCCAUCUACUCACCAUCGGCCAGUUCUGGUGAUCGUACAACAGGGCGGCCAUUUGAUCAACUACAGAAGCUACUUUGGUUGGAUCUAUCCAAUAAUCGGAUAUAUCAGGUGGCUGGAAAUUAUCUUCCCCGGUCAUUGGUCACCAUGGAUUUGUCCAGUAAUCUCUUAAGUAUAUUUCCUCAGCAACUUUUUGAGCAGUUGCCCGAACUGAGAAUUGUGAGUCUCAGGGAUAAUUUGAUUAAAAGUGUCCAAUGGAAGGAGCUGCAAGUGCGACCACUUAGAAUGCACUUGGAGAGAUUAGAUUUGGGUCAGAAUUGCAUUGAGAAUUUGGAGUCUGAUUACUUUCAACAAAACUAUUCAGAUGUCCAUUUGAGGGCAUUGAAUCUGGAGCAGAAUUUUGUAACACAACUGCCGGCAGCUGUGUUCAAGGCCACGGGCAUAGCUCAUCUUGUGUUGGCCUUCAAUGCCAUUAGUAGAGUCCAUCCAGAGGCAUUUGAGGGUCUCACAGAGACCUUGGAAUAUUUGGAUUUGGAAAGGAAUCGUCUGACCACAGUUCCAGUAGCAAUUUCCUCAUUGCAUCGCCUAAAGUAUUUAUAUUUGACAUCGAACCAAAUAAGUCAAUUAAGUAAUUUGCCAACAUUUACGGAAAAUCUACGAGUACUCAGCUUGAGUGGAAACAAUUUCACCAUGAUACCAGUCUUGGGACUCAAAAAUUAUACACAAUUAUCCUAUUUAAAUAUGGGCUACAAUUGCAUAACAGAUAUACCCGAGGAAAUAUUUGCCGUGGAUUCGUGGGGCAGUAAUUUACAGACAAUUUUGUUGAGGAAUAAUAAAAUAACCCAUUUGCAUUUGGGUUCAUUUGCUGGAUUGGAGCAAAUUCAGGAGAUAAGCCUAAGUUUCAACGACAUAACCAUACAUCAUCCAUUGGUGUUUGAGAAUGUAUCCAGAACUCUGAAAAUACUAGAACUAAGUUUUGCCGUAUUUCCAGCGAGAAGUUUGGAAUCAUUGGAUCCUCUAGAAGCUCUGUUACCACUCUCGCAGCUUAUAUGGUUGGGCUUGGAUAAUAAUAAUUUGAAAACCAUUUCAAAUGAAUCGUUUUCCCAAAUGCGAGAGUUGAGUUACAUUAAUCUGAGUUUCAAUCAAUUAAAAAUGCUGCCCAAGGGUCUCUUCCAACCCGACAUCCAUAGUCAUCUAGUGGAAAUUGAGCUAUCGUAUAAUGCGCUGGAACAUUUGGCCCCACAAACAUUUCACAACCUGGGAGAUUUGCAAACUCUGAAUCUACAAUCGAAUCAUUUAAAGAGUAUAGCUCGUCAUGCUUUUCACAAUCUGGAGUUCCUACGCUAUAUAGAUCUAUCGCAUAAUCGUCUGACUAACAUUUCGCAUGCGGCUUUUACAAUUUUACCAAAUUUGGCUGCCCUAGAUCUAAUGCAUAACCAAUUGUGUUCUCUAUCACUGAAGUCGUUUCACUAUGUCUCAAAUACCACAACACCAUUGCGCCUGAAUGUGAGUCACAAUCAUUUAGCCAACUUUGAGGAUGAACUAAGCAGUUAUAUGUAUAUAUAUCAAUUGGACAUAAGUCACAACCAUAUAAGCAAAUCAGAUAGUUUUAUGAAUUUGGCAAAUACAUUGAGAUUUCUUAAUUUGGCCCACAACAGUUUGGGUUCAUUGCAGAGUCAUGCAUUUGGCGAUUUGGAAUUUCUGGAAAUCUUAAAUCUAUCACACAAUAAUCUAAGUUCAUUGCGACGUCGAAGUUUUCAGGGCUUGAAUAGCCUUCAAGAGUUGGAUUUGAGUCAUAAUCAGCUGGAUCAACUACAAGUAGAACAGUUUUCGAAUUUGAGAAAACUUCGAAUACUUCAUAUUGGCUCGAAUCGGUUGAAAGCUCUUCCUAGAGAGGUUUUUAUGAAUACUCGCCUGGAAUUCUUAGAUAUUUCCGAUAAUCAGCUUAGUGUGUGGCCGGUGCCUGCUUUUACGGAUAUCGGUUUUACUUUACGAUCCAUACAAAUGUCUCGCAACAAUUUGGAAUAUCUGGAUGCCUCGAUGUUUAUUAACUCGCAGUUCCUUUAUGAUAUAAGUCUGGCACGUAAUCGUAUAACUAUAUUACCAGACAAUACGUUUAGUUUUCUUAAUAACCUGACCAAUCUGGAUCUAUCGCUAAAUCCCCUGGUCACUACCAAUCUGAGAGAGGUUUUCGUCCAUACACCGCGUCUCCGUAAACUGAGCUUACAUCACAUGGGCCUUUAUGUUUUGCCACCACUAAAGUUACCUCUACUCUCCUACUUGGAUGUUAGUGGAAACUAUCUGCAGGAACUAUCGCCAUUGGGUUCACUGCGCCAUCUGCGUCAUGUUAACAUUUCGCAUAAUAAACUAAUCAAUGCCAGCUGUGCGGUCGAUCAUUUACCUCCCUCUGUGAGAGUCUUAGACUUGGCUCACAAUCCACUACGUCGCAUAACACUCCACGAUCUCCUAAGUCUCCGACAUCUUGCCGAACUUAAUAUACUCGAUGUCAAGGUGGUCAAUCCACUAGCCUUCUCGAAACUCCGUUCACUGCGUAAAUUGCAUGCCAGUUCGCAUGCUAAUCUAGGUGAAAUUGUAGCCAGAAUUCCUGGCCUACAACAACUCAAAGUGCAUUGCUUGGAGCCCAAUAUUGGACCCCAGUUGUUGGCCAAGUUAACCAACAACACAAAACUCCAAUUGGUUGAACUGUAUGGCAGUAAUGUGCAAACCAUAUCGCCCAAUGCCUUCACUGGACUCUCCCACAAUCAACGCCUGCAGGUGAAAAUCUCCCACACUCGUAUCUCGGAUUUGCCGCCUGGCAUAUUCUACACCCUGCGUGAAGUGCCGCAUCUCUCCAUUGACAUCUCGCACAAUCGGAUCAAUGCACUGGCCGCAGAUAGCUUUUAUCCCAAUAAAAGCUAUUGGGACACGGUGGGAACCCGCAGCAUAAUGGGUGGACUUAUCACUUCGCAUAAUCCAUUGGAGUGUGAAUGUGGCCUCGUCUGGUUUGGCCAUUGGCUAAGACGUUGGCUGCGGGAAUCAGCCCAGAUUAAGGUCAUUCAAAAGGACGAUCUGAAACGUAUGGUACAGUUACCUCUAUCGGUUGCCGAUAUGCGCCGAGCACGUGCCAAUACCUGCCAUGAUCAGACAUCAGGACGCCAUCUGCCCAUAUUGGAGAUAUUUCCCGAGGAUCUGCUUUGCCAGGCCAGCGCCUUGAGCAGUUCAGGUCAACGCAUUUUCUUAUUAUCCUUUCUAAUGGCCAUCAUUUUACCCAUAUUUAUGACCAUGACUCUUUGAUGUUGGCUGUAGUUGCCGGCCAAGUAAGGAUAAUAAUUUUGUAUGAUAUUGUACAUAGAUAUAAAAUAAUAAUAAUAUAAAUAAAUUAAAUCACUAAUCGGUAGCCACGAAUUUUUGGGAUUAAAUAUAAAUAAAAAAAAAAAUGAAAUGAAUAACAGAAAACGAUUUAAAAAAUAAAUAAAGAACCCAACAAUAAGCAACAAGCAAAUCGGUUUAUGUCCACUCGUAA